CAUUCUAAGAUUUUGAAACUCUCUCUCUCUCUUUUUCUGCUCUUUCUGCUCUCAGUGGAUUCCACUCUCUUACACCGUUACACAUAGCAUUUUGGUGGGAAAUUAAUAUAUAACAACUCGACUCGACGCUCAGUGAAAAUUUCAUCACCGUCGUUGAUAGUUCAGCUAUUUUUUGCAUUGUGCGCUCGAAAUUUCAUAGCCAAAUUAAAAAAAUCAUUUUUGUGUUUUUUGAUCUCUAAAUUUGCCCCAAAGCUCACUCGGUUAUUUCAUCAAAAAAUUAAUCACUCUAUUACGAAAAAUCAGUGUGAAUUCCUCUGCACAGUUCAGCCAAGCAAAAGGUGCAACUCUCAGGCCCAAAGGAAUUGGGAACUGCCAAAAAUCGAAAAACGCAGUCGGUCGGAGACUCUUAAGGUUACACAAGCUACUGGAAGGCAUCGUCUGAACAGCAGCUCAGCGCCAUCGACAACUGAAAACCGGCCAACUGUUCGGGUCCAUCGUUGUCCACGGUCAAUAUUAGCGCCAUUGCAACUGCUGGGUGUGGGCGAAUCUGCGCCCCGCCACCGGAACCAAAAAGCAGCACCCUGAAUUUCUCGUCGUUUAAAUCAAGCUUCACUUCCAAUGUUAAUUUCCUGAAGAGAAGAUUCAGCUCGGGAGACUUGUCUUCCGAGGUCGACGAUGUUGAUCCCAAUAGCUUGCCGCCAGCUGCACGUCCUAUACAGGACCAGCCAACGAAGCCGCAUGUGGCCGGCGGCCCACCGAACAUGCCGCCGCCGCCGGCACCGGGCCAACUGCCGCCGCAGCCCACCGGCGCUGCUCCAGAGCUGUCGCUAAGCUUUGGCGCUGGCAAGGCACCGCCCACUACGGCUCCAGCUCCGCCACGUGGCGUGAGCGCGCCUACCAGCCCGGCCAAGUCGCGUGAAAGUCUCUUGCAGCGCGUGCAGAGCUUAACAGGCGCCGCACGAGAUCAGGGCGCUUCCAUUUUGGGAGCUGCGGUUCAGAGUGCCACCCAGCGGGCGCCCACCUUCAACAAGGACAGAUAUUUCACGCUGCUGGUGUUGGAUGAUCAGAACACGGACUGGUCCAAGUACUUCCGCGGCCGGCGGUUGCAUGGCGACUUCGACAUACGCGUGGAGCAGGCGGAGUUCCGAGACAUUACCGUCGUCUCCAGCGCCGACACCGGACCGGUCGUCACCAUGGCCGCCUAUCGCAGCGGCACCCGGGUUGCCCGUUCUUUUCGGCCGGAUUUCGUGUUGAUACGUCAACCGCCUCGCGAUGGCUCCAGCGAUUUCCGCUCGACAAUAUUGGGCCUCAAGUACGGCGGAGUGCCCAGCAUCAACUCGUUGCAUUCCAUUUACCAGUUCCAGGAUAAGCCAUGGGUAUUCUCGCAUCUGCUGCAGCUGCAGCGGCGCCUGGGACGCGACGGCUUUCCGCUGAUCGAGCAGACAUUCUUCCCGAAUCCGCGUGAUUUGGUAAGUGUAUUAAACAUUAAGUGCUAAUUACUAAUUAAGUAGCUAC